UGACGAAAAAGGUAAAGAAUGAACCAAGCAAGUGAAACCUCUCUCACGCACUCGUAAAAGCUGAACGGUGAUACCGUUGCCACCACCGAUCGUCGCACCCACCAACUGAUACCAAUAGCAAUAACCCCCUUCUUCUUCUUCUUCCCACUCCCCAUUUUCUAAACCAACCCAGCCCCUCUUUUUUUUAUUCUUUCAUUUUUCAGAAAAAAAGAGAAGAAAAUAAGAAUCUAUCCAUUCAGAUUUUGCCACGUCAGAUCCUCUCAUCUCUGUCUUCACGACCUUCCUUUCAUCUCCCUCAUUCCCCUCUUUUUCCCCCCUUCCCUUCAAAUCCUGUACGCUAUACGAUUAGGGUUUUCCAUUCCCCCAAACUUCCUUUCUUUUCUUUUUUUUUCCCCCUAACUUUUUGUUUUUGGAAACUCUUUUCGGCUGGGUUUGGUGCCAAUUUUUGGUUCGUUCGUUACUCGAGGGGAAAAAAAAGGAACGAGGGAGAUGAUGAGGUUUUCGGGAUCGGAGAUCGUGGUCGCCACGUUGCUCUGUUGGAGCAUUUCUUGCACCGCCCAGCCGCACAAGGUUUCGGUUUCUGCCGCCGACGCCGCCAUAUGUCCGAAGGAGUCAGUCUUUGAUUUCAUAUUAGGGUUUCGAGAUGCGACCUGCUCGCUCCCUGAUUCCGUUGGAUCCAUCCGUUACACUGGUGUCACCGAGGGAGAUGAGGUUACUUUGCAGAAGGCAUUGAGUAUGGUUCACAAGAAUAGUCAUGAAUAUGUAGCUGUACUUUUCUAUGCAUCAUGGUGUCCUUUCUCUCGGAUUUUUAGACCAGUUUUCUCCAUCCUGUCUUCCCUAUACCCUUCCAUUCCCCAUUAUGCUAUUGAAGAAUCAUCUGUUAGGCCAAGCAUAUUAUCAAAAUACGGUGUUCAUGGUUUCCCUACACUACUCAUUUUAAAUUCUACUAUGCGCAUUCGUUAUCACGGAUCUCGGAUAUUGGGUUCUCUCGUAGUUUUCUACAAUGAAGUUACCGGAGUUAGGGUUGAUUCACUUGAUCAACUAUCCCUGGAUAAAGUUGGGCAUCUGUCAGUUCAUGAGAGUCAUGGUACCACAGAGCAAGAAAGUUGCCCCUUUUCUUGGGCCAGAUCUCCAGAACAUUUGCUGCGGCAGGAGACUUAUUUGGCUUUGGCCACUGCAUUCGUGGUUUUGAGACUACUUUACUUAUUUUUUCCUACACUGCUUAUGUGUAUCCAAUAUGCUUGGAAUAGGGUUCUCCAAAACGUUAGAUUAGGGAGCUUGUUGGAACAUCCUUUGGUGUAUCUGAAGCGAACAGUACAGUCAUUUAAAUGCCUUAAAGAGCCAUGCAAGAGAAGUAAUCUGCAGGAAGGAGCAAUGAAUGCUAAAGCUUGGGCUUCUAAGUCCCUUGCCUCGGUCUCAAUUGGGGAGGCUAGCACUAGCCGUGGUACGCACCAGUAAGUAUAUGGAACCAACCAGUGUUCCCUCAUGAAAUUGGACAUUUGGAAUAUCCUAAAAGAAAGCAUAGCAUGGCUGCAAGUUAUGGCAUGUAGUUUUGUGCUCAGCUAAGCCUUAUGAGUAGUGAGACCAAAUUAUGUUACUGAUUGAUGUAAUUCCGCCCCUUAUAAAAUCCUGCAUUCAGCAUUCUAGAAAAAUCGAGACUUCAAUGUGUAUAGUUUAAAAUGUAGCAAACUCGAGCUGAAAUAUGUAAUUCUUUGACUUUGUAGGUUUACUUGAAGGUCAGUCGACGACCAUCAGUUGAUAAAUUAAUUUUUGUUGGGAAUGAAGUGAAUGUAAAUCCUCGUUUAUUACUGAGUACUGACUGUAUACCAUGUUCAGGUACUGGAUGUUUGCUUGGAUAUUUGUAAAAGUUUAAUAAGAUGAUCAUCAACAGAUAUCAUAUAGAAGCAUUGUUAUCAA